GUAAUUCCUCAACAUCUCACUCACUCAACUCCCGCCUUCACAUAAUACUGUAUAACAGAUACGGCAAACCUGAUUCCUUACUAUAUAAACUUCCCUCUGGUGGUAGUCUCUGCAUUUCAUAAACAUAAGGGGCUUGUUCGAUUUAAUCCUCGUCAUGCUGUGUCACCGUUGCCGUCGCCUAGUUGCGAUAGCUCCUAAACGAAGCUCUGCCACAUUGUCGCGUUACGCCCAGCCGACACAUAUAUCUUCGAUACAAACCCAAAUACGAACAUUAGUUCAGCCAGCCAUAAACAACCAUUUUAGUAUUCGACACUAUUCCUCCUCUCCCGAUUCUGCAGCAGCAAGCUCAGCUAGCACCCCGCCAACCGAGUCACGUCUCCCCGAAAAGCCAGAUUACCUCGACGAUGCCGAGUCGGCAAUAUGGGACAAACUAACAGCCGAGUUUGCACCGACGGAGCUUAUGGUUCAAGACAUAUCAGGUGGUUGCGGGUCCAUGUACGGGAUUGAGAUUGCGUCGGAAAAGUUUCGAGGCGUGAAUAUGCUAAAGCAGCAAAGAAUGGUUAAUGCUGUGCUAGGUGAUCAGAUGAAAGGCUGGCAUGGCGUCCAGCUACGCACCAAAGUCCCUUAACUCCGAUGUAUGAACAGCAGUUGGGCCGCGAGAAUUACAGUUCACCUAUCAUAGGCUUUAUACGUGGUGGAGGCAAGCCACAGGGUCUCGGAAGCCUUUAAUAUCGGACAUACUCAUAGAUGGACAUGAGAAGUGUAUAUUCAGGCAUCAAGAGGGGGUGUUGUACAUAUCUCGAUACUAAGAUGCGGUUGACUCGACCUCCCGUAUCAAAUCCAAACUCUCCAAUCCUCGGUAAUAUUGCAGAUCAAUAUCUACUGGAAUGAGUACCUAAACACAUAAUUACCUAUAUAAAAGUGUACAGUAAGUUGAGCUACUCUUAUUCUAUAAUACCCAACGUAUCCGAG